AUGCGCGCCUGGGCUUACAAGACCAAGGGCAAGACCUCGGACGUCCUGCGCCUCGAGCCGAGCUGGCCCAAGCCGACGCCGUCCUCCUCGCAAGUUCUCGUUAAGGUCGCGGCAGCGGGCGUCAACCCGUUCGACGGGAAGGCUAUGGGCGUCGCGCCCGUCAAGUACAUGGCCAAGGCGCCGGCCGUACCGGGACUCGACCUGUCCGGCUGGGUCGAGGGAGGCGACUUGAGCGGCACCGGUCUCGCCAUCGGCGACGAGGUGUUCGGGUUCGUGUCGACGCAGGACAUCUGCAAGACGGGCAAGGGCGCGUUGGCCGAGUACGUCGCCGUCGAGAAGGACACGCUCGCGAAGAAGCCAGCGAACGUCUCGCUCGAGGAGGCGACGACCUUUCCUCUCAGCGUGCUCACGGCGUACUGGGCCCUCGUCACGACCGCCAAGCUCCAGAAGGGCCAGAAGAAGCGUAUCUUCAUCAUGCGUCCCUUGCCUCUUUCGCGAAACGGCGGUUCCGGAGGUGUGGGCUCGUACGCCGUCCAGUUCGCCAAAGCGUACGGCGCCUUUGUCGUCACGACGUGCUCGCCCGGCACCCUCGAGCUCGUCUCGACGCUCGGCGCCGACGACAUCCUCGACUACCGCGCGAGCCCUCUUCCCGGCCAGCUCAAGGCCAAGUACGGCAACGAGCCGUUCGACAUCGUCUUCGACACGGUCGGCUCUCCUGAAGUCUGGCGCAAGUGCCCCAAGUACCUCAAGUCCGACGGCAUCUACGUCGACGUUGCAGGCGCGCACAUGGACGGCGGGAUCGGGCCUCUUCUGAGCGGCAUGCUCGACAUGAUGGGCCGCAACCUGCGCCCGGGCUUCCUCGGCGGCGUCCCGCGCAAGUACGUCUUUGGGCUCAGCACGGCCGACCGCAAGUCGUUCGCCGAGGUCGAGGAGCUCGUGCGCACGGGCAAGAUCCGGCCGAUCGUCGACAGCGUGUUCCCGUUCGACGAGGCCCUCAAGGCGUACGAGCGCCAGAUGUCGGGCCGCGCUCAGGGCAAAAUCGUCGUGCGCGUCCACCUCUGA